UUAAAAUGCGCGGCGCAAAAGUACGUGCAUUCUCUCUUUCUUUUCCGGUUAGCGCCUAGCGCAUAGCUAGGAGAAUAAACUACAACUCGUUGCGUGAUAUUCUCCCUUUUCACUUCUCAAACCUGAAUUUUGACAAGAAAGACUGUGAAAAUGCCACGAAUCCAGAUUAAAGGAGGUGUUUGGAGGAACACUGAAGAUGAAAUCCUCAAGGCAGCUGUGAUGAAAUAUGGCAAAAACCAGUGGUCUAGAAUUGCUUCACUGUUACACAGGAAAUCAGCUAAACAAUGCAAAGCAAGAUGGUUUGAAUGGCUGGAUCCGAGUAUCAAGAAAACAGAAUGGAGUCGAGAGGAAGAUGAGAAGCUCCUACACCUGGCUAAGCUCAUGCCUACCCAAUGGAGGACCAUUGCACCCAUUGUGGGACGUACUGCAGCACAGUGUCUGGAAAGAUAUGAAAUCUUACUUGAUCAAGCGCAGAAGAAGGAAGGUGAUGGGGAUACGAUGGAUGAUCCAAGGAAGCUGAAACCAGGAGAGAUUGAUCCUAAUCCAGAGACUAAACCAGCUAGACCUGAUCCUAUUGAUAUGGAUGAAGAUGAACUUGAGAUGUUAUCAGAAGCCCGUGCUCGUCUCGCCAACACGCAGGGUAAGAAGGCCAAACGGAAGGCUCGUGAAAAGCAGCUUGAGGAAGCGCGACGUCUUGCAGCUCUUCAGAAGCGUAGGGAACUCCGGGCAGCAGGUAUCGAGGUCAACAAGAAGAGGCGCAAGAAGCGAGGCGUUGAUUACAAUGCUGAGAUUCCGUUUGAGAAGAAGCCAGCGCCAGGGUUUUACAACACAGCUGAUGAAAUGGUCGCACCUGUGGAUCCAAACUUCAAGCGGCUUAGGAGAGAGGAUAUGGACUCUGCUCGUAGAGAUGAAAUUGAAGAGAGAGAACGAAAGAAGGAUAGACAGAAGUUGAAGAAGAGGAAAGAGAAUGAUUUGCCUGGAGCUAUCGCUAUGACAAACAAGAUGGCUGAGCCAAUGAAGAAGCGUAGCAAACUUGUCUUGCCUACUCCACAAAUAUCUGAUGCUGAGUUAGAAGAGGUUGUGAAGCUUGGUCAGGCUAGUGAGAAUGCCCGUCAGAUCGCUGAGGAGGGAGCUGUCAAUGGUGCAUCGGAUGCUCUUCUUUCAGACUACACUAUGACACCAGGACCAGCCAAUCUCAGAACUCCCCGUACUCCUGCAACACAUGAUACAGUACUUCAGGAGGCACAGAACAUCCUUGCACUGCAGAACGUUGAAACGCCAUUGAAAGGAGGUUUGAACACAGCAGUAGGAAGCAGUGAUUUUGAUGGUAUCACGCCCAAGAGACAAGCUACACAGACACCUAACAUGGCGUUCAAUACACCAUUCAGAACACCAGGUCAUGAGUCACAAGCAAGUUUGACCCCUCGGAUGACCCCACGGAUGGGCACUGGUGGAGGCCAAACCCCAGGUCAGACUCCGCUACGUGACAAACUCAACAUCAAUCCCGAAGAAGCUCUUAUGGAAUUUGAUAAUGUACACAGUGCCAAACAACAACAGAGGGAAUUGAAGGCCAGCCUUCGAAGAGGCCUAUCAUCACUGCCAGCUCCAAGGAAUGAUUUUGAGAUUGUGAUACCAGAGAAUGAUGAGAAGCUGUUAGAAGAGCCUCAGGAUAAUUCAAACCUCAUUGAGGAUGCAUCGGAUGUGGAGAAUAGACGACUUGCAAAGCUGGCAGAAGAGAGAGAGAAGGAAUUAAGGAGUAGAUCUCAGCCACUCCAGAGAGGUCUUCCAAGGCCUGUGGAUAUCAACACAUCUAUCCUGAGACCAAAGGACCUUGAGACUCCUAUUACAGAGCUACAGAAGGCUGAGGAGAUGAUCAAGGUGGAGAUGAUAACGAUGCUGCAUUAUGACUCCUUGAAGAACCCUGUUGGGGAUCAGCCAGGGAUGAAGAAAGGUGAUAAACCAACCAGUAAGACCAACCCAGCUGCACAUGCAGCAUACCUUGAACAUCGUCCAUAUCACCAGUAUGAGGAGGAAGAUAUGAAAAAAGCCAAUGAGUUAUUAAAAGCUGAGAUGGAAGUCGUGAAAGCUGGUAUGGCCCACGGUGACCUCCCUAAAGAGGCCUAUACGCAGGUGUGGGAGGAAUGCCUUGGUCAGGUGCUGUACAUUCCAUCUAAGAACAAAUACACCAGAGCUAACAUGGCCAGUAAGAAAGACAGGAUUGAAUCGGCAGAGAAGAAACUUGAGUCUAAUCGUGGUGUGAUGACAAGAGAAGCAAAGAGAGCGGCUAAGCUUGAGAAGAAACUAAAGAUCUUGCUCGGAGGCUACCAAUCCCGAGCUCAAGGACUCACCAAACAGCUGGCUGAGAUCCAAGAGGAAGUUGAGCAAGCGUUUGUAGAACUCUGUACAUUCCAAGAACUACAGAGCAAUGAAGAAAUUGCUAUUCCAAAGAGGAUGGAGUCCCUUCGAGAAGACGUAAAGCGUCAGAGUGACCGAGAGCGGGAGCUCCAACAACGUUACUCUGAUCUCAUGUUUGAAAGAGAGAUGCUCAGCGCACAGAUUACCAAGUUAGAGAUGCAACAAUCUGGACCGAAGUUUUAAUUCAAAGAUGAUGAAAGUACAGGGGGGGGGGGAGUUGUUUUUUAAAUCUUACUUAAGUCAUGCACAAGUACCAAGGUGCAUUUGAUAUUUGAUGCAUUAUCUCAUUGAUUGAUUCUGGGUAGAGCAUCCCAUGAUUGCUAUUUGUCUAUUGUAUUGAUAUGUUAUAUGCCACAUGCAACUUGGAAUUUAAGUGCAAGUUUUAUUCUUGCUUAAGUCUCUGUGAGAUACCCCUCAGGAGUAACGAUUGACCCGAUCAAUCGCAAUUCUAUGGAAAUCCAUUAUUGUCAUAAUAUUUUCUACAAGAAAUUUUUAAAAGUCAUUUUGUACACAAAGAGAAACACGCUGAGAUUUUCAAGAAAAUAAUGUAUGUAUGAAUAAACAUCAGAGUUAGAAAAAUAUUUUGAAGAAACAUGCAUUUUAGAUGUUGACGUUGCUGGCUUUCCAUAGUUGUGGUUGAUUGGAUCAAUCGCAACACUUUGUAAGACGGGGCCCAGAACUCCCUCGUUCAAUGUUUCUUAUGAAGAGAUUAAUUAGGAGUUCAGACUGUUAGUCAUCUAAUGAUAAUUGCAAAAUUCUUAUUUCAUUGCAGCUUCAUAGCACACUAUCUUGUCAAAUGAAUUUGGUCCUGAAAAGGGUCCACUCACUGAAAAAAAGCCAAGUACUUUUGGUAGAAAUAUUCUCAUUUUAGUCAGAAUAAUCUAGUACUCUUGCUAACUCUUGAGUGAGAUGCAAAUUAAAUUAGAAUUCUGUUUCUUAAAAUUUUUAUUACAUUUUUUUAUUGGACAUUUUAUUUGUUUUGAAAUUAUAUAACGAUGUUGGAGACAUUCAAGUAAUAUGACUUCCCAGGUAUUUUAAAAUGUAUUUGUAGACAUAUCAAACUGAAUCACAUCCAUGCUGUAUGAUUCCACAGGAAAACGACACAAUUUCUUUGUUCCAUAGAUAAUACGGGAUUGAUUUAAUUGGCAUUGUAAAUUUGUAACGCUGGGCUGCAUUGAGUUCGACGUUUAUUAUCUAAUUUAAAAUAAAUUAAAUCAAGGUCAUUUUAGGAAUUUUUAAUUGUUUAUUUACAGUUAUUUCUAAAUUUGAAUUUUCUGCUUAAAAAUUGAAUUACAGUAAAUCAUACACACUAUGAAUAUAUCUUUGAAGGUCUGCAUGUUGGUACAGAUAUCUUACGCCUUUUCCUUGUCAGUCAUCACCAUGAAUUAUAAAAUAUUUCUCCUAUGAAUGUCCAUGCAUGAUACACAUUUCUUCAUGAAAAAAAUAUUUAUUGUAUGUGUCUUUGCUAAAGCUUCCAAGAGGUAUACUAUUGAUAACAUAUGAUAUUGCAGUUACUCUACAUGUAAACCAGGUUUCUCAAUUCAUCUGAAGCUGGAUGGGGUUCUUAUUGAGAAAUGCAUAAGAAAUUGGCUCUUAUUCAUAAGGUGCUUUAUUACUGCUAAAAUUAUUGUAAAAAGAAAUUGGGAGGGAAGAAAACAUGGCUGCUGUAACAUCGUACAUGUAUUGAAUUUAAUGAGAAGGCUGCCUUUUUGAGCAGUUGGUUCAUUUUUGUGAUCAAAAAGUGAGAAUUUUGACAGGACAUAAGAUUAUCUGUCAAUUUGAGAUUCAAAGAUUCACACCUUGGGUGGGAUGGAUGCAUUACAUUUAGCUUCACCAUUUUGUAAUUCUGUUAUAUAUUUCCUUGGUAUGCAAGCAGUAGGGUGCGUAUUUGUUAGAGGUAUUGCAUUGUCAAAAUCACUUCUGAAAGAUCUGGAAAAUAGAAUGAAGAGUUGUAAAGUACAGUCUCAUGAGCGUCACUGAUUGUAUGGUAUGUUUAUUGUAUAUGAAGUAUUAAGAGCAAUCAUUCAAUUAUGUGCAGAAAUAAAUUUUUGACAUCUUGUCAAAUUGUACAUAUAA